AGCAUUGUAAGGUCAUUCCGUGCCUUACAUCUCCUUAUUCUCUGCCGCCUCCUUCUGCUUAUCUCUCUUUCUCUCUGGAAAGAUUAGAGACGGAAGCUUCUGUUCUGGGAUAUUUGAUGUUUUGCUUUCUUAAUUGAUUUUUCUUCGUGGAUUAAUUAACAAGCUCUCAAGAUGGUGAAGUUUACAGCUGAGGAAUUGAGAAGGAUUAUGGACUUCAAGCACAAUAUCAGAAACAUGUCUGUUAUUGCACAUGUUGAUCAUGGGAAGUCCACCCUCACUGAUUCUCUUGUGGCCGCUGCUGGUAUCAUUGCCCAGGAAGUUGCUGGGGAUGUACGUAUGACUGAUACCAGAGCAGAUGAAGCUGAGCGUGGAAUUACAAUCAAGUCUACUGGAAUCUCACUUUACUAUGAGAUGACUGAUGAAGCAUUGAAGGGCUACAAGGGAGAGCGCCAGGGUAAUGAGUACCUCAUCAAUCUUAUUGAUUCCCCUGGGCACGUUGAUUUCUCAUCCGAAGUGACAGCUGCUCUUCGUAUCACUGAUGGUGCCUUGGUUGUUGUUGACUGUAUUGAGGGUGUAUGUGUGCAAACUGAAACUGUCCUCCGUCAAGCUCUUGGUGAGAGGAUCAGGCCUGUUUUGACUGUUAACAAGAUGGAUAGGUGUUUCCUUGAGCUUCAGGUUGAUGGAGAGGAAGCUUACACAACAUUCCAGAAAGUCAUUGAAAAUGCUAACGUUAUCAUGGCCACUUAUGAAGACCCUCUUCUUGGAGAUGUCCAGGUUUAUCCUGAGAAAGGAACAGUUGCUUUCUCCGCCGGGUUACAUGGCUGGGCUUUCACUCUCAGUAACUUUGCCAAGAUGUAUGCUUCCAAGUUUGGUGUUGAUGAGUCAAAAAUGAUGGAAAGACUUUGGGGUGAGAACUUCUUUGACCCUGCCACCAAGAAGUGGACUACCAAGAACACUGGCUCUCCUACUUGCAAGCGCGGGUUUGUUCAGUUCUGCUAUGAACCUAUCAAGCAGAUUAUCAAUACUUGCAUGAAUGAUCAAAAGGACAAGUUGUGGCCCAUGUUAACAAAGUUAAACGUGACAAUGAAGUCUGACGAAAAAGAAUUGAUGGGGAAGGCAUUGAUGAAACGUGUUAUGCAGACAUGGCUUCCUGCAAGUACUGCCCUGCUUGAAAUGAUGAUCCAUCAUCUUCCUUCUCCUGCCACGGCUCAGAAGUACCGUGUUGAGAACUUGUAUGAGGGGCCUCUUGAUGAUCAGUAUGCUAAUGCUAUCAGGAAUUGUGAUCCUGAGGGGCCACUUAUGCUCUAUGUUUCUAAGAUGAUUCCUGCUUCUGACAAGGGUCGGUUCUUUGCCUUUGGACGUGUGUUUGCUGGGAAGGUUUCCACAGGUGUGAAGGUCAGAAUUAUGGGUCCUAACUAUGUCCCUGGAGAGAAGAAGGAUCUGUAUGUUAAAAAUGUCCAGAGAACUGUUAUCUGGAUGGGUAAGAAGCAGGAAACUGUUGAGGAUGUGCCAUGUGGAAACACUGUUGCUAUGGUUGGUUUGGAUCAGUUUAUUACCAAGAAUGCCACCUUGACAAAUGAGAAGGAAGUUGAUGCUCACCCAAUCAGGGCCAUGAAGUUCUCUGUCUCCCCUGUUGUGCGUGUUGCUGUACAGUGUAAGGUUGCAUCUGAUCUUCCCAAGCUUGUGGAAGGGUUGAAGCGUCUUGCCAAGUCCGACCCUAUGGUUGUCUGUACCAUUGAGGAGUCUGGAGAACACAUUAUUGCUGGUGCUGGAGAGUUGCACCUGGAGAUCUGUUUGAAGGAUCUGCAAGACGAUUUCAUGGGUGGUGCCGAAAUUAUCAAGUCCGAUCCAGUGGUCUCAUUCCGUGAAACUGUUCUUGAGAAAUCUAGUCGCACAGUGAUGAGCAAGUCUCCCAACAAGCACAACCGUCUUUACAUGGAAGCCAGGCCUUUGGAAGAGGGACUUCCUGAAGCAAUUGAUGAUGGUCGUAUUGGUCCAAGGGAUGACCCCAAGGUUCGUUCUAAGAUCCUGUCAGAAGAGUUUGGAUGGGAUAAAGAUCUUGCAAAGAAGAUCUGGUGCUUUGGUCCUGAAACUACUGGUCCGAACAUGGUUGUUGAUAUGUGUAAGGGAGUUCAGUACCUUAAUGAAAUCAAGGAUUCAGUUGUUGCUGGUUUCCAGUGGGCUUCAAAGGAGGGUGCAUUGGCUGAAGAAAACAUGAGAGGUAUCUGCUUUGAGGUUUGUGAUGUUGUUCUUCAUGCUGAUGCCAUUCACAGAGGUGGAGGCCAGGUUAUUCCAACUGCUAGGAGGGUUAUCUAUGCUUCUCAACUUACUGCCAAGCCCCGUCUUCUUGAACCUGUUUACCUUGUGGAGAUCCAAGCUCCUGAACAAGCUCUUGGUGGUAUCUACAGUGUGUUGAAUCAGAAACGUGGGCAUGUCUUUGAAGAAAUGCAGAGGCCAGGAACACCACUUUACAACAUCAAGGCUUAUCUUCCUGUCAUUGAGUCUUUUGGUUUCUCAGGUACAUUGAGAGCUGCUACUUCUGGGCAGGCCUUCCCACAAUGUGUGUUUGAUCAUUGGGACAUGAUGUCCUCUGAUCCUUUGGAAGCUGGCUCCCAAGCUGCAGCCCACGUUGCUGAAAUCAGGAAGAGGAAAGGUUUGAAGGAGCAGAUGACACCACUUUCUGAGUAUGAGGACAAGCUUUAA